AUAUUUUUACAAGUAAAAAAUUAGCAUAAGAUUAUUAAAAACAAACAUUUUAUAAAAUUAUUUAAAAAAUACAUUUGAAAAUUACAAUUGUCCAACCCUUAAAAACAAAAACUUAUAAACAUUGCAGCAAAAUUGUUCCUUUUUGAAGGAUACUAUUAAAAACUCUAGGAUAUGAAAUAAUUUGUUAAAAAAAACUAUAAUUCUUAAAGAAAAUUUGUUGUAUAUUAUAGUAUAUAAGUAAAGUGUUAAAUCCUUAAAAUGUUCAACAGUUUAUAGAAAGUACUGAAUUAAAAAUGUCCCAGAUUGGUGGUGCAACAGAUGUCCUGCAUUAUUUUUCUUAAGAACUUUAUUAAUAUACAACUGUCUAGAUAAUGUUGCUUGUUUUGGAAUUGUGCAAUAAAAUUAUAGUAUUUCUUAAUUAUUUAUGUUAUAAUACAAAUACUGAUCCAUGAAAAUUUUAACAAUUUUUAUAAUAUUUCUUGAUCAGACAAAGUACAAAGUUUUAAGUAUACAUAUGUAUAUGUUGAACUAUUUUGUAAGCGCUUUUUAAGAAAUGCUUCUUAUAUAUACUCAUAAGUCUGCAGUGUAAUAGAGUUCAAAAUUUAAUACGGAAAAGGGCAGAAAUAAAUAUGAUCAUUAAAAAAUAUAUCUCUGUAAAAACCUCAUCUAUUCUACUAUUGACUGGUAAUUUAUUAUGGUCGCUACAUUUGUAUUUAUCAAGCAACUGCAAUACAACAACUACAACUGGAACACAUCAAUUUAUUAAAAAUAUUUCUGCAAUUCAUGUAGCCUCACUGAAAGCACGCAGUUUAUAUAGCAAUUCUUCUAACUAUAACUUAAAUAAAGACUCUCCAACAAAUGGUGUCAAAAAAUCAGAGUCAUCGGGAUUGGCCUUUGAAAAUGUAGCUCUUAAUUUGGGUCGAUGGGACAAUCAACGUGUAUAUAAACUAUUUGAUUUUGCACUAAUCGGUGAUACCUAUGAAGAGUCAUCUCUAAGCGGUUUAGUAUGUUUGGCCACCCAGACCUCAGUCGAGCGUCUACUGUCUGUGGCAGAGGUGGCCAAGAAGUGGUUGGGACCAAUAUCUGUUGCAGUUUUUGUCUCAGGCAGCGAAGAAUUCACAAUACUAAAACACUAUGUAACCUAUCUAAGACUCUGCUUUGAUUUUGUACGUACAAAUGUAACUUUUCAUUUGGCCUUUCCAUAUGAUCGCAAGCCAAAACAUGAAACAGCCGACUCCUAUAAACUGCUACAAAUGUUCGAUUGUCGAAAUCCUCAAAAGACCCUGCACAGCAUGUUACAAAUGCGAUCGACAGAGACCAUACGUUGGCGAUCACGCAAUCUAUAUCCACAGAAUCAUUUGCGCAACUUUGCGCGCAAAGGCUGUCAAACAAAAUAUGUGUUUCUCACAGAUGUCGACAUAGUACCGAGCAAUAAUAUUGUACCAUUGCUAAAUGAAUUUCUUGCUACGGCCAGAUGUGCGACGGGUCUAUGCGCUUACGUCAUACCCACAUUAGAAAUUGAUGAUCGCGUGCGAUUUCCAUCUAGUAAAACCGAACUACUGCGGCUGGUGAAGAGAGGUUUGGCAAGGCCUUUCCAUGAAAAAGUCUUCAUCUACAAUCAAUAUGCUACAAAUUUUUCAAGUUGGCUUGCCAACAGUCACACAGAUGACCAACUGAUCGCCAUUAGUCACCAAGUGACAAAUUAUGAGUUUUUUUAUGAACCUUUCUAUGUGGCUUUGGACAAUGUGCCCCCGCACGAUGAACGUUUCGUGGGCUAUGGUUUUACAAGAAAUUCGCAGGUCUACGAGAUGUAUGUUUCUGGUUACUCAUUCUAUGUCUUGACUCCUGUAUUCACCUGCCAUUGGGGUUUACAAAAGAAAAAUGCUCGUCCAUCAUGGCGUGAACAGCAGAAUACCUUCAAUAGUAAACGUUUUGAGAUUUUCAAAAAGGAAAUCUUUGUUCGUUAUAAAAAACCAUUACAUUCUUAUGAUCAGAAAAAACAUGGAUGA